UUUCUAUUUUUCUUUGCGUAAAAAAGCCACCUUUUCCAAGCUACGUGAACCAACAUUUUGGUUUUAGAUACAUGUCCACUUACUCUUAAGCAGCACAUAUGUACACAAGUAACUAAUAAUUAAAGGAUCCUACCCAACACACGAUAACAAAUAGAAUUUGGAUAAGCACCUCAAUUUCUUGAUUGCGAAUGUACAUAAGUCUACAACUUCAGCAAACACCGAAUCCACAUGGAUCUGACUCCAGGAAAUAAAUGGGAAUGUGCAAAGUGCUCAAAACAGUUUAAAACCAAGGAAAAUUUGACCAGACACAUGGUCACGCACGAUCCCGAUGCCAAGGUCAAAUGUGAGGUUUGCGGCAAUAUAUUCAAAAACAAACGAUCCUUAUCUUCGCACAAAUUGGAUAUUCACAACGAUCGGAAGCAAACGACUUGUGACACUUGUCACCAGGUGUUUUCCACCGUUGGUAAUUUACGGCGGCAUAAUGACACCGUCCACGCCUGGAAACCCCCUCGUUUCUCGUGUCCGGUUCCUAGCUGUAAGAAAACCUACCAACACGAGGACGAUGUUACGAAACACGUGGAAACUGAACAUGCCCAGAAUUCGGUCCGAUUUCGAUGUACGCUUUGCAGAAGGACGUUCAAAACGAGGGUUGAACUUGAAGCUCACGUUGCGUCCCACACGACGUACAAAUGUCCCACUUGUGGGAAGGUUUUCGCCCGCAAGGAACAUAUGAUACGUCACCAGGUGACACAUUUGGAGAAAUCUACCCGAGACAGGUUGCAGUGCCCCCUCUGUCCGCAGACCUUCUUAACGAGGCCUGGUCUACAACGCCACAUCCGAGUUGCGCAUGAAAACCAGAGGAAUUAUCCGUGCACAUUUUGUGACAAGAGAUACUCCCAGUCAUCUCACUUGAAGCGUCACGUGGAGGUGAAGCAUGCCGCGAAUAAGGAGUAGGUCCGUUCCUGUUAAAAGUAGAAGAGCCGUUCGAAAUAUAAUUUACCCACUCACAGAAUGCGUCACAGUGCAGGGAGGAUUUUACUUCUGUGGGAAGAACUUCUUCAAUUAAUACGAAUUUGUCGCACUUGUCGAGUUCAUAUGAAUUUACUUUAGAAAGUUAAAAUACGUACAUACGUAUGUAUUUAUGUAUAUAAUGGAGACAAAAAUAAUUUUCGAAUUUUUAUUAAAUUUGCGACAUUUUGCAACACACUUCCUUUGUAGAAACCCAUACAACUUUUAGUUUCAAAUUUAUUUACUAACCUGACAUAUACUUAUUUAUUUCUAUAGAAUAUUUAACAAAUUGUGCUAUUUUUGAAAGAAUAUAACGUGUAUGUGUACGUUAGCUUUUUCGGGUACCCAAAGUUGUAUAAAUAUUACCUAAUUCGGUUAACGGUUAACUAAUUAUUUUAACUAAUAAACAGCCUGUAAGAUGGCAAGUGAUUAAUAAAUUAAUCUUAUUCAACAAA